GUAAGAGGACGCAAAGCAGAGUACGUCUGUACUCAGAAUUCCUCCUUUUUUUAAAGCAAGAAACGACUUUGUGGUCAUUCAGUGAAAGUGCCAUAGCUGCACGACAACAAACAGAGACACACGCAGCGUGUAUUUCCCAUCUCUCCGCUGAAUUUGAGCGGCGUUGUGCAGAAGGUUCCCUGUGCACACAGUGUGGAUGUUGGAGUUUGCAACAUACUGUGUGUUGAAACAGUAGGCCUGCUGUUUGAGCAUAAAGCCUAAACAUGGUGAGGCUGGAGCUGGAUCAAGUGGUGAUGAGGAGGAUGAAAGAGGAGGACAUAGAGAUGAUCAAAGCCCUCAUCAAGGAGGGCUGCGAGGGCACAGAAAACCGUCUCAUCCUCCACAUCCUCACUCGUCCGCUCUGCCUCUUCAUCUUGGCUGUUUUCUCCUCAAUCCUGCGCUGCCUUGUCCACUCCUUUAUCCUUGCCCUCGCCAUUCCUGUCUUCCUGCUAAUAAUCUUUCUCAAGAUCACCAUGCCGCGGUCCACAGGGGUUCUAGGCAGCAGUCGUCCCUACUGGGACUAUGUGGGCAGCAGCUACCGGGGGACACAGGCUGAGACACUGCAGAAUCCCUAUUGUAGGAUUAGUGGCAAGACACCACUGACAAAAAAGCCAAGAUGCAGAAUCGGGUCCAAAGACAAGGACAAGGAGAUGUCAACAGAGAAGAUCACCCCAGAGAGGGAACAGGCAGCGGGACAGGUAUGGGUGGCAGACUGCGACGGGGAGAUCGUGGGCUGCAUCUUCCGGGAGAGUGAGACGCGAGCGGGCAUCAGGAGGAUCUGCAGGGUGGUGACAGGCUGCUGGUACCGCAGGGAGGGCCUGGCUCGGCUGCUUGUCCAGAGUGUGGAGCAGAGAGAGAGGGAGGCUGGGGCACACAGAGUGUAUGCACAUGUCCCCUACCCCUCCAAGGUGGGGGAGGCCUUCUUCAGGAAACUGGGCUAUCAGCAGCUGGGGGAGGGGACUGAUGAAGAAGAAGAUGAUGAAGAGAUAAAGCUGGAGACUCCAGAGAGAGGCUUUCUGGGACACCCCCUCACCAAGGUGUUUUACAAAGACCUGUGAUUGAGUGAUGAAUGACUCAUGGAGUGAAAAAAAAAGUGGCAGUGAGCCCAGGAUUGGCUAAAGUUAAAGAAGAGAUAACAUAAGUGCACAAUGUGGAUCUCUGCAGGGUGACAGUGUCAUUGCUGCAACACGUUUGAUUUCUUGUUAAGUUAAUAAUUUAUUGAAUAUUUUUGUUAUUUAUGCCAAUAUUUAUUUACUGUAUGUGUUGCUGUUCUACGUGUGAGUUUGGUUAUAAGUAUACUUUUACCUUUUUAUUAUUCAAAGCACCAUCUCUUCUUUUUCCCCAAAGCAAAUGGUUGUUUAUUAUUUAAAAAUUCAAAAAUUAUAUCAUGAUGCCUCAGGCCUGCUGUUCUCUAUCAUUUGUA